CUGGACCUAAACACAGUAAACAGACACCUCUCUCUGUCUGAGGAGAACAGAAAGGUGACAUGUAGGAGAGAGGAGCAGCCGUAUCCUGAUCACCCAGAGAGAUUUGAGGACUGUGGACAGGUGCUGUGUAGAGAGGGUCUGACUGGUCGCUGUUACUGGGAGGUAGAGUGGAGUGGGAGUAGGGCUGAUAUAGGAGUGACAUAUAAAGGAAUCAUCAGGAGAGGAGAGUUUAAUGACUGUUGUCUUGGAUACAAUGACAAGUCCUGGAGUCUGUACUGCUAUGACAACAGUUACGCUUCCUGUCAUAAUAAUAAACGGACAACAAUAAACGUCCCCUCCUCCGGCUCCCACAGAGUAGGAGUGUAUCUGGACUGGCCAGCCGGCACUCUGUCCUUCUAUAGAGCCUCGUCUGACACACUGACCCACCUGUACACAUUCACCUCCACAUUCACUGAGCCCCUCUAUCCAGGGUUUAGGCUUUUGUGGGUUGACUCCUCAGUGUCUCUUUGUCAGACAAACUGA